GAGUUUCUAACUUCAUCCACAGAGAACGUUUCAACUAUGAGAGUUUUCAUAGAAAUUGUUGGGAUUUUUAUAUUCUCAUCUAUUGUAUUUUGUGGUGCAGAAGUGGAAGAAAUUUAUUCAUGGAAUUAUGUAGAGUACGAGGGCCUCCCUAAACCAGAGAACUCCUACGUGGCUCCUGAUGAAUCUUACUACAUCUCUGGGAAUACCAACAUUGAAGGCAUUGGUUACCAAGCUUCCACUGGAUUAUUUAUUGUAACUGUGGCAAGAACAAAGCGUGGUAUUCCAUCCACUGUAAAUGCUUUCUGUGGAAGUGACUACAAGAAGGGUAGUAACACCCCUAAAGUUAAGGGCUUCCCCAACUACCAAAUAAAUGAGCUAAAAGCUGAAUAUUUUGAGGGCAAAAAGCAUUCCUCAGUGAGUGAAGAAAGUGAAAAAGAAACGAAAGAAACGAAAGAAACGAAUGAAGCAAAAGAAGACAAGAAAGAGGAAGAAGCUGCGAAGGAGAAAAAAGACGUGGAGGAGGCAAAAGUAGUCGAGCAAGAAUUUUAUGUAAAAAGUGGCACAAAAAGCGAGAUUUCGAAAGAUGACCAAAUUAAAAAGACUGAAGAGGAAGUCAUAAAAUCCGACGAUACUGAGAAAGAACAAGAAGAAGAACAAACUCUUGAGGGCAAAUCUAACAAGAAGAAAGAACAAAAACCGGAAAAUGAAGAAACCGAAGAAGCUCAAGGGGCUCCUCAUAACUCUGAGGAGAGUACACGAAAGAAGGGAAGCUAUUAUGUGAAUAAGCCUAGUAGUAACUAUGACUACCACAACACCAAGCCAACCCAUGGAAGCUACACAAAACCUCAAUAUACACACUUAACAUCUAAGCCCCAUAUUUCACACACUAAGCCAGACUAUCAAUCUUCCGGUUCUUACUAUUAUAAGCCACAGAAUAAACCAAGUUACUCGCAUAUAACUACAAAGCCUCAUAAAAAUAAGUACGGCUCCUUGUCGCAAAUUCACGUUGUUCAUUCUGGUAAUUCUCAAGGCUAUAAAAGAGUCCCAGACAUUCCUCUUCCUUAUAGAGUAUCUGAGUCAGACGAGCCAACAAGGCCUGAGGAAGAAUUCCCCGUUAAAGAGACAGGAAACUUUGUAUCAGUUCAUCAUCCAGUCGUAGACGACGUCUGCAAUCGUGUCUGGUUUGUGGAUACAGGUGUGCUGAACUAUCAAGAAGGAAAGAUUGAAAUCCAAAUACCUUCCCUUUGGAUCAUCGAUUUACCACGUGUUAAAUGUGGCAAAGGACCCUAUAAUAUUCACAGACACUUUAAAAUCCCAAAGAGUGUUGUAGCUGAUGGUAGUGGUCUUAGAACUGUGGCUUUGGACUACACAAAUACCGGCGCAUGUAACGACGUCUUUGCCUACUUCCCUAACAGCUUCACAGGAGAGAUAAAUGUGUAUGACUACAAGAACAACAAAGCAUGGUCAUUCCACGAUCACUAUUCCUUCUUCCCAGUUAUCAGUACCAGCACCUACACACUCCAAGGGGAAGAAUUUACUGAUGAGAUGGGAGUAUCUUCAGUAACUCUUGGGUGGAGAGAUGAACGUAGCUUCCGUACAGCUUAUUACAUUUCACCCACAUCCACCGUCCAAUUUGGCGUUAUAACCAGAAUUCUAAAGCAAGAGAAGCUAGCUCCUACAAACUACACCCUUGAUGCAUUCCAUUCAAUAGGGAAUCGUGGUUGUGGAACGCAGACUUUUGCGCAUGUUUUCGAUGCAAGAAACGGAGUAAUUUUCUACGGAGACCGAAAUGGUUUAUCGCUAAGAUGCUGGAAUGUAAGGAAACCACCUACACCGGACUACAUCGAUGUUGUCUACCAAGAUGAAAACUUUGCAUUUAUCAAUGAAAUUUUCAUCGAUGAAGCAGGCUUCCUGUGGGCACUUAGCAAUAGAAAUCCUUUCUUCUUCAAAAACGGCUUUGACACAAGCCAGGUUAACGUGAGGCUCUACAGAGUUCAUGUUAACAAAGCCAUCGAGAGUACUCUGUGUGCCAAUGAUGAAAAUGAAUACAAGGAAGAAGGAAUCUUUGACUAUUACAAAACUGCUGAAGACUUUAUUGCCGGACUUUAAACUUUGCAAAAAAAAAUUAUUAACAAAAAAUCAUUAAAAGAAAAUAUAAAUUUUUCCUUCUAAAUACGAUGCGAAAUUAAUUAAAAUAAUUUAAACAUUUAAAUAUAUUAUCAAGUAAUCAAGGUCUUUGAGAAAAUUCGCAAUAACACAGAUUCAAUGUAUUCUGAAUAAAUAUUUAAACAUUUGCCAU